AUGGCGGAUGCCAUGUGCGCCGGAAUCGGCAGGGGGGACUGCUCUCCCGCUGAGACUAGAGGAACCAACUGGGUCUUCAGACACAUCUUACCUGGCACCGCAGCCUUACAAGCGGUUACUAACCCGACUACUCCACAAGCCAUGUCACAAGCGAGCAGCGACGGAGACCUAGUCGAAUUCAAGCUGGCUGCUGAGCCGGAAGACCGCCACACCACACUAUGUCUACCCCUGCCAGUGACUACCGACCCCGCAGCAGAGAAAGGUACUCCCACAGUGGGAUCGACCACAUACCCACCCCACGCACACCCUGUAGUACAGAGACCCCGAAGAGGGUCUAACACAGCCACCCAGCAGCCGGCCACAUCACGCAGCGCCCAAACACCCAUCCUGACAGACACUCACCUCCAGAUGCCCAGACGAGGUACUCUUGGCCGGAUGGGAAAGCAGCCCAAAAGACACCAACGAAGAGCACAGAGACACAUCCAGAGGGGCACUGCUUGA